AUGAAUGGGGUCUGCAGCAGAGCACCUGGUGCUGGGAGCCCUGCGCUCACAUCCUGCUCCCUGCAGAAGAUGUGCUCCUGGAUGCUGAGCUGUUGCUUAGCUCUUCAGCACCUGGCUGUGCAGGCCUCCUUGCUCUGCAUCUUCCACCUCCUCCUGCUGCCCACCCUGCCCGAGGAGCCACCACACGCCCGGGCCACCAGUGAGCUGCUGGCAUGCAGCCUCUUUGCCUGUGGCAUCUCCACGGCACUGCAGACCACCCUGGGGAGCCGGCUGCCGCUGGUUCAAAUCCCAUCCUUCGAGUAUCUGGUCCUUACCCCCCCCCUGUCCCUUGGUACCGGUGCAGCCAGGAACGGCACAGCCGUGGCCAGCGCGUGCCCUGCACCGCACUGCACCAUCACAGGGAGCCGGGCUGCCUCGCUGCGGGAGGUCUCUGGAGCUGUGCUGGUCUCCGGGAUGGUUCAGCUGGCACUGGCAGUGUCUGGCGUGUGCGGGUGGGCAGCCCGGCACUGUGGGCCCAUGGUCCUGGCCCCCAGCCUCUCCAUCAUCGGGCUGUCUGCAUACAAGGAAGCUGCUUUCUUCUGCUCCACUAACUGGGGGGUAGCACUGCUGCUCAUGCUCCUCACUGUCACCUUCUCCCAGCACCUGGGGUCCUGCCGCUUGCCCUUCUGUGCCCGGCCCCAGGCUCUGGGCAGCUCUACAGAGCCGUCCGUCCCCACCCUGCGCACAUUCUCGGUACUGCUCCCAUUUGCUGGUGUUUGCAUCUUCUGUGCCAUCCUCAGCCACCUCCAUGUCCCCUGGGAAUCGGUGGACCNGGGGGUGGCAGGGCUGGGUGCAGCCAUCUGCCUUCAGCAAGGGCCCGUGUCACCUGUCCCCUCUCCCUCCGCUGCAGGCGAGUGGAGGUGGCCGCUGCUCACCCUCCGGGCGCUGGCAGUGGGCAUCGCCAUGGCCGUUGGUUGCAGCAUGAACUCCGUGGGCUGCUAUGUGCUGUGUGGGCGGCUGCUGCGAGUCCCCCAGCUGCCCCCCCAAGCCUGCAACCGGGGUCUCUGCAUGGAAGGGCUGGGCAGCCUCCUGGCAGGGCUGCUGGGCAGCCCGGGGGGCACGGCUGCCCGCAUCCCACGCGCCAAUGCCUGUGCCACCAGCCUCACACAGGCUGGCUCUCGCUUCUCGGUGCAAGUAAGUGCGUUGGCGUGCGUGGUGCUGGGCAUGUCCCCGAGGCUGGCAGGGCUCCUCACCCGCAUCCCACUGGCAGUUCAUGGGGGGGUGCUCUGUGUCACCUACGCCGUGGCCGUGGGCACGGGGAUCUCCUACUUCCAGUAUGCAGACAUCGACUCCGGGAGGAACAUCUUCAUCGUUGGCUUCACCAUGUUCAUGGCCCUGCUGGUGCCACGGUGGUUCAGUGCGGCUCCAGCUCACCUCGCCACAGGCUGGGUGCCCCUGGACCUCCUCUUCCUCUCCCUGCUCAUGGUGCCUGUCUUCUUAACUGGCUUCUUAUCAUUUUUCCUGGAGAACACGGUCUCAGGAACCCUGGAGGAGCGAGGGCUGCUCUCCAACCUGGUGCUGCGGAAAGCUGGGGCAGGCGAUUGUCACCCCCGUGGAGAGAGGGGCAAAGCCAGCCAGGAGUAUGGGCUCCCCUCUGGGCUGAGGAGACUGCUGCCAUCCUCCUGCAAAGCAUUCCCCUGCUGCUUCCUCUGCCCGGGGAGCGAGGAAGAUGAGGAGAAGGAGGAGGAAGAGGAGGAGGAGAGCAGCCAUGUCCCCAAGGAGGCGACCACUGCCCCUGGGGAAGGGACACACCUGCUUCCCAAACCCGGCCUGGGGGAGCAGCAGCUGGCCAGGAGGCUGAGUGAGACGGAGAUGCCCACAUGGCAUGCUGUGGCAUGA